UGGAUGGCGGGGCACCGGAUGGAAAAUUGCCGUGCUCGUUUGUGAAAAGAAAUAGCUUACGUCUAGCUGAAAACUAGCCGCGGUGAAAUUAGGAAAACAUAAACAACUUUAUUCUGAAAAGGCGUAAACAGUGACGACAGCUCGCUCAGAGCGGUUGGUGGUGUAGUGGUGUAAAAAUAAACGAACAGAGAUUAGGAAAACGAAUAAUCUCCAAACGUCGGUGUAUUAUGACGUUGUGACCGUAUUAUGUGUUAAACGCUAAGAAAGUGAAUCCCUACACACCUACCAAGCCUUUGCUCCUAGUGGUUAUAAUUAUCGGUGAACUGAAGAAGUUCUCCGUGACCCGUUCACGAUAAGGCGAACGCCGGAAGAAUCUUUCUUCAGGCUGUUGUGUUUUGACUAUAAAGUCUUACGAUAGUGUGUUGAGCAGCAGCAGCAGCAGCAGAAACAGAGGCAAUGGACGAAAGAAAGAAAUCUCACCCCAACCCGAACCAUAGGAUGAAGCGUAGAUUGCCGAGGGACUACAUGGUCCCGAUGGUGCUGUUGGCGAUAGUCUUUCUUUGGACAUCGAGCUUUAGCACGGUACAUGCUAAGAAUUCGGCAGAAGAUGCGGAUGAAAUGUAUGGGGACGACUACGACGAUACGUACGAUGACGAAGAGGAUGAUACCGGAGGUUUAUUCUUCGGAUCCGAUGGUGGAGGUAAACACGGUGCUGACAGUGAUAAAUCGACGUCCACGACUACUGGAACGGCGAAGGCGUCAUCUACCACCACUGGCAGUCCUCCGGAAAUAAGUUUUGUUGAUAUGGAAGACCAAUCCAUGGAACACGAAGACGGCUAUGCGUGCCCGAAUGAGUGCAGCUGUUCGGAGAUGACAAAGUUUCUAAACUGUUCUCACCGCUCGCUGACCGACAUCCCGGCCGGCUUACCCGGCAACGUGCUUCGACUGGAUCUGAGUCAUAACAACCUGAAGCAACUGAAUGUGGAAGCGUUUCAGAACUGUACCGGCCUGCAGAUGCUGCUGCUUACUGGCAACGUGAUCGAGCAGUUCGAUAAAGAGUUGUUACUGAAGAUGGACCGAUUGGUGUUACUCGAUCUCUCCUCCAAUCAACUGGCCCAUCUGGAUAGUGACAGUUUUAGUGAGGUAGACAAAUCGCUGCGACGGCUUCACCUGAGUAACAAUCCAAUCGUGCUACCGGACAGUGGACCGUUUUUGGAGUUACCAGAGCUGGAAGAGCUGUACUUGGACAGCUGCAAUCUGACCGAGCUGCCAGACGAAACGUUCAGUGAACUGAGAGGACUCGCCCUGCUCGAUCUCUUCGGCAAUCAGUUCGAUGAGGAUAUGAGUGUUGACGUGUUCGAACCACUAAAUCAUUUGAUGAAAUUGAGACUACCAACGCUGUCGGAAAGCACGGUCCGGGAACUGUGUGAUAAAGUUCCACGGAUCGAUGUGAUUGACCUAACAGUGCACAACAUCAGCUGCUUCUAUCUCGCUUCAGACAGUUCGUUCGAGGAGAGCAUCUUAGUGGACGUACCGAAAACUCCGGAACCGAUCAGCACAACCAAAGAGCCCACAACGCCACGCCCGACAAGGAAAUCGCAGCACAAUAUUAACGAAAUCCGACAAGAGUACAAAUCGUCCACUUCCAAACUGCAAGCAUCUGAUUCGGUGCUGCAGACCACCACGGUACCAACACAGCGCAAUAAUUCCUCGCAGUCAGGAUCAUUCCCUUCGUCCGCGUCGAUCACACAUACCGGGGCCGCACCGGUGGACGACGACCAUGCAGUGGUCAAAACGUCUUCCACAGAGUCUAACGGGGAUGACGGGCAGCCAGCGUCACUACUGUCGUCGAUAUCGCCCGAAACAAUGAAGCAGCUUCUGAUGGCCAUCAUCGGCGCAACCGUACUGGCGUUGAUCGUCGGUGUGAUCUGCCGACGGACCGGCAUCAAGGCGAAAUUGUGCGGCACGAAGCGACGGCCUGCGCCAACCGAUCAGGUUCGUCCAGCGGAGGAGGUCCCGCUGAACAAGGUCUAAGACCGCGCGCUACGGUAAAGCGUGCUAGAAGCGAAAAGGGAGGAAAAAUGAUCGCUUUUUCCUCGUACGUUGACCGUGAGGAGUAGCUAGUUGACGUUUAAGAUCAGAUACAGGUCCCAAAAAGCAGUGCAGAAAAUGCGCUGUAAACUGGAAAGAAUUGUGCAAACGGAUGCCUAAGAGCACACUUGAUCAUAUUUUCUUCUCCCAGCAAACAACACGAUCAUGCUAUGUGAUAUUACUUAAAAAGUAUUAGGUAACAUCGUCUUGAGUAAGCUAUGUCGUCCUAAACACUCCAGGUUAGGGCAAUGUAAAGGGAAGGGGAAACGAACAUAUUGUGCCGCAGAACGAGCAGAAUAUUUUGAAAACCAAUUUGCCCCUCCUUUCUGGUAUUUCGCAUUUUGUCAAAAACCUUUUGUAAAUAUUUAGUAACACAACAUAUUUCCACACUAGAAAGUGGUCCAAACGAAGCCAUUGUAGUUUUCCGAAUGGAUACUCUUUUUUGACAACGGAUAGUUCCUCCCAGGAUUGCUGAAUACAAAAAAAGGUAUGUUUGUAUCGAACCGAAGCAAAGUAAUAAGUUAUAAUGUCCCUCCACUGCCCGGCACCAAUGUGCUCGUCGGCGAGUGUAACGAAAGAUAUUUCUUAAAUUUAGCGAGAGCGCGUAAAAGCUCCUAGUUUCAAUGCUGAUUCAUAAACGGAACUGGUAGCAGAUAAAUUAACACAAUGGCAAAAAUGAGGUAUCUUUCGUACGAGAGAGACUAAUAUACUUCAAAUAGUGUAUACCUUAUACUCAACAGAGACAAUGAGUAAACGAACCAAAUAGUGUGUGGCAAGGGCGCAUUUUGUAAUCGUAGUCAAGUAGAAAUGGCUAGUAGAAGAGCAGCAAAGCAUAUAUGAAAAACGCAUUAACAUUCUUAAUAAUAGAGAUAAGCCACACAUUUAGAUUGCCUAUUUUUUACGUCCCGUCAAAGUAUAGAAAAAAAACGUUGAAAAAAUUUCACCAACAAGCACUUCAUGUAUUUUUGGUAACAUUUUCCGUUUGUCUUAGACGUUUGCUUACCGCGUUAGGUUUAUUUGUUUUGUUAAGCAAGGAAGAAAACACAACAAACAAUCAGUAGCAAACUGAACAUUGUUGUAAUGGUAGGUGGAAUUAGAUUUUCGUUUAUCGUGGUGUUCAUAGUAAAGAUUAGUUUUUAAAGUGGUUAAGGUUGCGUUUAUGUUGUACGAGAAUGGCCCUAAUGUUUUGUCUUGCUUUAAAGUACCAUGUAAACGAUGCACUAAUGCAACAGAGAAAAUUUUCUAUGUAUGCAUUACAAAUACACAUCCAAAUUCAACAAACGCCAUAGU